GUGAAAUGUAAACACGUGAUGAACACCAUACACCGCUAAACGACCACCGAGCAAUUGGUAAAAAAAAAACAGUAAAAACACUGCCUCAGUAUUUUUCGAGUUCUGACAACCUGAAUUUACCGGGACGAGCAAGUUGCGCGCGAAACCAGUAAGACACAAAACAACAAUAAUGACUAAAAUAAUCGAACUGCGACCUGACAUAAGUUCAGUGGAUCAGAACUUUGAAAAAUAUCAAUAUUCAGCGGAUCCUGUGACCAUCAAUUUAGAAAAAACAUUGCCUAAAGAUGUAUAUCGACAGGAGCCAGACAAUACUCAGGACUCCUGGCUGGAAGCCCGUAUAUUUGCAUUUCAUAAUCACUUGUUUAGAAAUCCAUUUGACUCAUCGUGUUGGUACGUAGAUGAGAAUCAGGACGUUUGGAAAUUGUCAAAAGAUGGAAGUGUUUCUUGUCACCAUAGACUCAGCGUGCGGGAUCAAAAAUCUUCCACUUACAAUCCGUCGAUUGUGUUUGCUUCUCAAGAAGUUAUAGUGCUGAGUAACGGAGGUGAAUGCCUUGAAAUAUUAAUUGAAAAUUCAUCAGCGGAGAAAGAAACAUUCAAGACAACUGAUAUUACCCCUGGUGUGCUCCUGGACUCUCGAUACUUUCGAGAUAAAGCACUGGUGAUGAUCGCAAUGUGCUGCCUUACAGAAGUUGAAAGAAAAAAGCAAUCGCAGCUGAUCAUACUGAGCUAUGAACACAGCAGUAAAGACAAUGAGAAUAACGUCCUAAAACUUGUUAGAAAAAACAUUCUGAAGAUCAGAGGUCCCAUAGAGUAUGCUUAUAUUGAGGCAAACGGUGACUACGUACAUGCCAUAAGCCAAAACACAGCGAUUUUUGAAUAUGAUUCGACAAAGCCUGUGGAAACGAAAAAAGCCGAAUAUUCGGAAAAUGAGAAAGAGCUCAAAAUUCCCAAAUAUUGUUGGUCUCAAGACGAGGAUUCUUUGACGGUAUGGAUCAAAAUUGCCGAAAAAAAUCGUGACGAUAUUCUCGUAAUUGAUGCUACAGCGACCAGUUUGUCCGUUUGUCUCAAAGGCGUUGAACUCAUUAAAGGAGAUUUGCAGCAUCGAUUAGAUCCCGAUUUAACCACUUGGAAUCGCGAAAAAGACACCAUCAAACUCGAACUCGUUAAGCAUGAAAGUGGGCUCAUGUGGAACGAAUUAAUUCGAGGCGAUACUGGCGGCGAAUGUCUUCCCAACGAAGCUCUUGCUGCUGAGAUUCACAAUAGACUUUCACAUUUGUGUACGAGCGAUUCUGAAACGGGCGAAGGUCAACCGUUGGUAGGAUUCAAUGCCGACCAGCUGGAGGAAUGCGAUCUGCAGGAUCAAGACAAUUUUCUGCAAAGAAUCAAUCUGAAUGAGCACUCGACCACGCAUCUCGCAAUGUUAGGAUCCAGUAAUCACGUAUUGUUUACACAAAAAUUAACGUUCGGCCAACGACUUUGCUUGAGACACGAUCAUCACGGUUGUAUCUGGAUCCCACGUGAUAAUGAUACAGAAAAUUGGGAUGUCGAACACGUCGAUACGUUUCCAGGAAUCGGUUAUGUCGAAGCUAGCAAAACUAACAAAAAGUUUUGCAUUUCCCCACCGAAUGGAUCUUACGUUGCAAUAGUUGAGCACACGAGGCAUGCAUUUCUCUAUGAAAAGCCUGAGGGUUCAGCUCCUAUUGCAAAGCAGCGAAUCGUCGAUUUGGGGUCGGAUUCAACGCCGAUAAUGGGAGCAGUAGCGACGAAUGAACACCUUAUUCUUUUAACAACAACAAAACUGUACAGACUUGUUAUUCGUUCUCGAUAAAUCAUCGUUUAUUUAUACUUUAA